CGCCACUAUGCCGUUCCAUUACUGACUGUUGGCUGGCGUCUAGAAAACAAAGUAAAAACACAGGCGACGGAAAUAGAUCUCGAAUUUGACAACAAAAUUGUGAUCAUAAAAAUACUCGAGAAAUAACGAAGAGUAAUUAUAAGAGACGACGAGGAAGACGAAGAGGAAGAAAGAGUUAGGAAUGUCCGAUUCCUCGCAACUGCUCGUAACCUCUUAUACCUUUCUGAGGACUCAACACUGGUAACUUUCAAGAAUUCACUGGCAUCGAUCGUCCUUGGAAAUUCCGACCACGAUUCCAUGUUGCGUCACAGUCGUGAGGACAAUUUCAUCUCUUGGUUAUUUAAAAUACUCUGGAGUAUCUCAAGACUACGAGAAGAGAAUAGGAGAGAGGACAAAAUAACAGCGAAUAACCGCGUAAACUCCAGAACGUACGAAUUGGUGCAAAUAUUUACUUUGUUACAAUUAAAAGCAACAAUACGCCUGACGCAAGUAAGUAAUGGCUGCUGAAGAAGGUUUUGAACAGUUUGAAGAUGAGGAGGCUGAAAUUCCAAUUGGUGGAACUUUACCAGGUGGUAGAAAGAGACUCUUCUCCAAGGAAUUGCGAUGCAUGAUGUUUGGUUUUGGAGAUGAUCAAAAUCCAUAUACCGAAAGUGUUGAUCUGCUGGAGGAUCUAGUGAUAGAGUUCAUUACUGAAAUGACCCAUAGAGCUAUGGAAAUUGGUCGUACUGGUAGAGUACAAGUUGAAGACAUUGUUUUUCUAGUCAGGAAAGAUCCUCGGAAGUAUGCAAGAGUCAAGGAUCUGCUAACAAUGAAUGAAGAGCUCAAAAAGGCUAGAAAGGCCUUUGAUGAAGUUAAAUACGCAGGUACUGUUAGUCAGUAAAAAUUUGAUGUUCUUAUUAUCUGGAAUUGAAUUUUUAUCAGUAGAGGUAUGCGUGCUCAUGUUCGCUGGUUCCAAAAUUUAAGUUUGUAAAAAGAAAGAAAUUGUAUCAUGAUUAAAAGGGCAAACAAGUCCUGAAGUAUUUGUGAUUUGUAUAAAUUUGCUCCCUGUGAAAGCAUGUAUGCCUUAUUUGAAUUAUGGAUUUAAUGGUUUGUAUCAGAAUCUGAAAUUGGGUAAUACUGUAUAUGAAAUCUGAACGGCAUUCAUGUUAAUAAGAAUGACUGAAAAGCGUCAGAUCACCGGCAAACCUAUUUGUCUCUUUUAAAAAUGUUUUGGUUAGCAGUUAAUUAUUUAUUAAAGUUGUAUGUGUCUCGAUUAACUGGGAUCCAAAUUCUAAACUAAUAUGAACAUUCCAUUGACUUAGAUGUAUCUAUGUUAAAAAAAUGUUCUUGAUAGUUUUGCAAAAGCAAAUAUAAAUUGAUUGCGUGUAACUGUAAAGUGAGAAUGUUUGACCUGACAACUUAAUAGAAAGAUUUCAUUAAAGGAUACUUAUGUGUUCAUAUAAAUUAGAACAACUUCGAUUUAUUGUACGUUGGAUUGUAUUCCGUGAAAUAAAAAAUUGUAAUGCCAAUGAAA